AAUGUAUAUAAAAUAUAAUGAAUAUUGUCCGAAUACCUCGACGAGUGCGACGCCGAAUCGUUAUAAAAUACUAUUCGCGAAUAUAUACCCGACCAACACACAAAAUUAUUUGAGACCUAAUUAUUAGCAAAUACAUAGUCGUUACAAUGACGUGCUCGUCAAUCAAAAUAAUUUAUUUAACAAUAUUAUGGACAUUAGUCUGCCCGUCGCUACAAUGUUUCUCUCUGCUGAACCCAAGCUACAUAAUUCUUUUGACAAGCAUCCAAUCACUUCAAUCUAUACCAAUUACGUUAAAAGUGCCCGAAGGAAGUUACGACAAAAUCACCGAAGCUCUUAAAAACAAUCCUAAUUUGUUAAAUCAAUUAAUUGCACAAUCUGGAAAUCCAAACUCAAAAAUAUCAUUUUUACCUCAGGGAGGUCAACUGACUAAUGGAGUAUCCAAUUUUUUACCGAAUUUUGGUACUGGCCUACCUUCCGUUAAUAAUCCUGUAACUGUAGCACUACCGACAGAAACUAUGAUUGGAGGUCAAAAAUUCGUAUUGACUAAUAGAGCCAGUUUAUAUGGAAAUUUAUUAAAAAAAUUAGCUUCAGCAGUAACAUGCCCAAUAAAACAAUCAUUAAAUUAUUUAAAAAAUUUGGGACAAAAUCAAGGCGUUACACAAGAUGUACUGAAAUUGAUUUCAAAUAAUUUAAACAAUAAAAAUGGAAAAGUAGUUGGAAAAGUAGAAGAAGAAGAAGAGGACGCAGAAGAAGAAGAAGAAGAAGAAGAAGAAAGACCAAAAAGAUCUAAAAAGAAAAAAGGCAAGAAAAAGAAGGUUUCAAAAACAAGUGACGACGAAGACGAUGAAUCGAGUGACGAAGGCGGAAAUAAGGCAAAAAACAAAAGGAAGAAAAGGCCGAGUAAAACAAAUGCAAACGAUAAGAGUCCAGAAGAAAUCAGUGAAGAAAAAAACGGUGAGAAGGAAGGUGAGGAUCCGAAAAAAAAUAGUGGCAGUGGCAGUAGUAGUGGCGCAGGUGGCGGCAGAGGUUCUGGUGGUGAUAGUACUGAAGGUGGUAGUAGCGCAGAUAGCGGCAGAGGUGCUGGUAGUGCUAGUACUGAAGGUGGUAGUAGUAAUGGUAAUGGAAGUGGCAGUGGCAGUGGCAGCGGUAGUGGUGGAAAUUGAGGAUACUGAAUAAUAGCUAUAGUUAUACAGAAACAAUAAAAGUCAUAAAAAUUAAAAUCGAAAUGAUAAUAUGCUGAUGGCGAAUAAAACGAAAACGAAAUAAUAACACUUAUUAUUAUAUAUAAAAUAAUGUAGAUAAUUUAUUAAAAAUAUUAUUUUGCUAAUAUAAAUAAUAUUAAUCCAUAAUAAUAAAUUAUAUAUAUAUGAGUAUGACAUAUGACUUAAGUGGACGUUUCACCCCGCAUGUGUUGUCACCGUCUUACACACGUACCACAUGUUAAAUUUUCGUUCACCAGUUUCAAUAGUGUGCUUUUAGUUUUAAUAUAUUAGAGUGCAAUUGACCUAUUAUCAAACUUUUAGGUUAGAACAUUAUCCGUGUUCUCUCGUUGGCUUUUUACGAUAUUUUAAUUUUUAGGCGAGUUAUGAGUAUGAAAUUAUUAAAUAUUUGAAAAUGCUCAUAAUUCACAUUUAAAAAUUAAAAUAUCGUAAAAAGCCAACGAGAGAACACGGAUAAUGUUCUUACCCAAGAGUUUGAUAAUAGGUCAAUUCACUAUAAUAUUAAAACUAAAAGCACACUAUUGAAACUGGUGACCGAAAAUUUAACAUGUGGUACGCGUGUAAGACGGAGACAACACAUGCGGGUGAGACGUCCUCUUAACUUUUGACACAAAAUUAAUAUUGUACUAAAAAGAACGACUUUCGCAUUAAACUAUAUUAUAUUAUAUAAUCAUAUUCAAAUGAUUUCACACAUUUUGUUACGAAUUCAAAAGUAAAUAAUAAAAUUUGUUAACACCUUAA